AUGUCGUCCCCGGCACCGUCACGUCAUGGUCACUCGGGGGAUUCAGAUCCGAGGAAACCUGGUCAGUCGUCCCGUGUCCCACAGCAAUCCUACAUCCCCUCCAUCUACAUUCUCAAACCACCAAAACCUCAAUAUUCCCCACACGCCGAUGAACGGUGCAUAACCUACUGCUCGCAAUCCAUCCGCGGGAGAACCGAACAGAAGGAACCUUGGUGUCGUUCUAUAUGCAUCCGCCGUGUAUUCGAGCACGAAGUCCGUCGCGUCCUGACCACCUACACCUUCCCCAUGGGCAAAGCGAUGCCAAACAACGCUGCAACCGAAGAAUUGAAGAUACCACUCCCACCCGAAGGCCAGGAUCCCAGCGCCGUCCUCGAAGGCACCGUCAUCGGCCGAUUAGCGCACGGGCUCGACGACGGGGAUUUCGGCGAUGACGAGCACGCGCACAUUCCAGCGAGGCUCGCAUCGUCUACAGGGGACAAGCCGCCUGAGACGAAGUAUUGGAAGGCAGGUUGGUACAUUUGGGCAAGUAAGAGCAAGUGGGCGGCGCUGGAGCGCAUGGACAAGAUGUCGAUGCCGCUCCAGUCGGAGCACGACUGGGAGUGCUACAAACUGCGUAGGAACGAAGAGUGGGCACGCCACAAUGGCGUCCCGCUGCCGCGGGACCCGACGACCGCACCCUUCUCGGUCAACUCGAACCCGGAGGAACAGCGGCUGCAGGACGAGAUGUGGACGGCACAUCAAAACGGGAUACCCUACCCGAUCUCGGUCGGGCAGUCCAUUCUGGUGGCGCUACCUCCGCCUUCUCCAUUCCCCGCCAUACAUGCGCAGCUGGGCAACGUUCUGAAACCGACGGGGAAGGUGCUGGAGUUGUUCCAGAAGAGCUUGUCAGAUGGCUCGCAGAAGGAGUUCGCGUCGAAGCUGCUGGAGAAGGCGGGUUCGAGCGAUCCUUGGGUGUUUGCGAGGAACGCGAUGGGGAGGGCUUGGGAGCAUAUGUGGAAGAAGGGCGGUGAUGGCGAGAGUCCAAGCGAAGUAUGAAUAAUCUACUCUAAAUCUGUUUUUGGCCCCUCUCCUCGGCAGACCGGUUACUAUGAUUUUCACACUCGUUCAAUUCAUCUCAUUAGAGAAGGAAGGUAGUGAUGUAGGGAGUAGAUUCUUGGUUCCAUUCAUCAAUACCUGUUGGUUGCGCGAAUAAAGACUGCACUGCAAG